AUAUACUCCAAAUUUGCUGCAGUUAGAUUUGAUUUUGAAUUGAAUCUGAAAUGUGUUAUUACAUGAUGUAAUAGAGGAAAUUGAUCUUCCAAUCCCAGUCUUGAUCCUGAAUCUCCAAGUUUCGUUAUGCUAAUCUCAUUCGAUUCCACGUAAUACCCUGACCUUUUUCUUAAAUUUACCAAACCAUGUUCAUGCUCGUCAACUGCUCCAAUUGCCGGACUCCGCUCCAACUUCCUCCCGGCGCCCGAUCUCUACGCUGUGCUAUCUGCCAGGCCGUCACCCACAUCGCCGAUCCCCGCUCUGCUCCUCCUUCCUCCGCCUCCCCUACCCCUCCAUCUACCCACGCUCCACCUCCGCCGUCUCCCUACAAUCACGCUCCGCCGGGGCCACCCCCGAAUGCGCACGGUAGGAAGAAGGCCGUGAUAUGCGGAAUAUCAUAUAGGUACUCGAGACAUGAGCUCAAGGGAUGCAUAAACGACGCCAAGUGUAUGCGCUACCUUUUAAUCAACAAGUUUCAGUUCCCCGAAGAUUCCAUUAUAAUGCUUACUGAAGAGGAAACUGAUCCAUACAGAAUUCCCACUAAACAUAACAUGAGGAUGGCGUUAUAUUGGCUUGUACAAGGUUGUCAACCUGGAGAUUCCCUGCUGUUUCACUAUUCUGGCCAUGGUUCACGGCAAAGAAACUAUAGUGGUGAUGAAGUUGAUGGAUAUGAUGAAACUCUAUGCCCCUUAGACUUUGAAACUCAAGGUAUGAUUGUUGAUGAUGAGAUCAAUGCAACAAUUGUUAGACCUCUUCCUCACGGUGUUAAGCUCCAUGCAAUAAUUGAUGCUUGCCAUAGUGGCACAGUAUUGGAUUUACCCUUCCUUUGCAGAAUGAGCAGGAGUGGACAGUAUAUAUGGGAGGACCAUCGUCCACGAUCUGGCAUGUGGAAAGGAACAAGUGGUGGAGAAGUCAUUUCCUUUAGUGGUUGUGACGAUGAUCAAACUUCAGCUGAUACAUCUGCUCUAUCAAAGAUAACAUCUACAGGUGCAAUGACUUUUUGCUUCAUCCAAGCCAUUGAGCGUGGACAAGGGACCACAUACGGCAGCAUUCUCAAUUCAAUGCGUUCUGCCAUCCGAAAUACUGGUAAUGACCUCGGUGGUGGGGCUGUGACAUCUCUACUCAGCAUGCUUUUGACAGGAGGCAGUAUCGGUGGUGGACUGAGACAGGAGCCACAAUUGACUGCCUGCCAGCCAUUUGAUGUAUAUACAAGACCUUUUUCCCUCUGAAGUUGAAAGAAAAGUAGACAUUGAAUAUAAAGGAAGGGGUUUCCCUCUUUAAGUUUGUUUGCUACUGAUUGGGUCUGUUGAAUUUGAUGUAAGGUAAGAAAAUGCAUGUCAUCUUUUACUUUGUUUGGCACAUUCUUCCUCUCUAAUAAUGUGAUGCGCAACUUCUUAAUAAA